AUGGCCACUAUCGAGACUGUUACUCAGCAGCCUGAGAUCACGGCGGAGAAUGUCCUGCGCCUCUUCCCCGAAGUCAACACGGCACUCAUUGGGGGAUCGCACAACUCGGCCACGAGCGACAGUGCGCUGCAAGGCUACGAUGAGGAGCAGAUACGGCUGAUGGACGAGGUGUGCAUCGUCCUGGACAAUAACGAUAUCCCUAUCGGCAGUGCGACCAAGAAACUCUGCCACUUGAUGGAGAACAUUGAUCGUGGACUCCUCCACCGCGCAUUUUCCGUCUUCCUCUUCGACUCCCAGAACCGCCUCCUUCUGCAGCAGCGCGCGACCGAGAAGAUCACAUUCCCGGACAUGUGGACAAACACCUGCUGUUCGCACCCGCUGGGCAUACCCGGAGAGACUGGCGUAGGACUGGAGGAAUCUGUCCAGGGUGUGCGUCGCGCAGCAGUGCGCAAGCUCAACCACGAACUGGGCAUCAAGGCCGAACAGGUGCCCAUUGACGACUUCAAAUUCCUUACACGGAUACACUACAAGUCGCCCAGCGACGGCACCUGGGGCGAGCAUGAGAUUGACUACAUUUUGUUUAUGAAAGCCGACGUCGACCUGAACGUCAACCCGAACGAGGCGCGCGAUUCCAGAUGGGUGUCUCAGGAGGAUCUCAAGACCAUGUUCCAAGACAAGUCGCUCAAGUUCACACCGUGGUUCAAGCUCAUUUGCGAAAGCAUGCUGUUCGAGUGGUGGGACCAUCUCGACUCUGGCCUGGAGAAGUACAUGGGCGAGACAGAGAUCCGGCGCAUGUAA